AUGGGGCUUAGUAUCAUCUUUAUCGCAGUUACCCUUACCGUAGCUGCCGCUCAAUAUCAGCAGCAACACACGCAAGAGCAUGGGCAUGCGUACUCAUCUCAGAGCAUCGUUUUACACCAGACUCAUCAUAAUCAUGGGCACGAACAACACCAGCAUGAACACCACGAGCCGGCGCACGUAGUAUCCUACCACCAGCCCGAGCAUAUUGAAUCUCACCAUAAUCUCCAUCAUGCCGUCUCCUCGCAAAACAUCCAACGUCAUGACGUGCCCGGCAAGGCGCCCAAAGGCCAUCACGAAUACUACGCACACCCUAAAUACGAGUUCGAGUACAAGGUGGAGGAUCCGCACACCGGCGACAAGAAGUCCCAGCACGAGUCCCGCGACGGCGACGUCGUGAAGGGCUACUACAGCCUGCACGAGGCUGACGGCACUGUCAGGAUUGUGCACUACUUCGCCGAUAAGCACAGCGGGUUCAAUGCUGAGGUCAAGCGCGAAGGUCACGCGCAACACGCUGCACCCAAAUACCACCAUCAUUAA